AUGUCCACUACAAAUGGCACAGGCACUGAAGAAGACAUCAGCCGGUUAGAAUUACCUCCAGAAUCAGUUGUGGUUCUCUCCAUCGUCUCUGCUUUGACGAGCGUUGCUGGCUCCUUAGGAAAUGCUUUGGUUAUGAUCGCCGUCUUCAAAUCUCAAACUCUCCGUAGCAUCCCCGACUACAUCAUAUCAAGCUUGGCAUUUUCAGAUUUUACAGUCUGUUUUAUACAUUUACCGUUGAUGAUUCAUAGAUACAACCACUACACCAAGUAUUUAACACACGUUGAUUCAGCCGUUUCCAUUGCGACGUCCUUUUUUGGCCAUUGCUCCUGGAUUGCAUCGGUUACAAACAUGUUUGUGGUAACAAUUGAUCGUGUUAUAGCCGUACGUUUUCCACUAAAAUACACCCGUAUCAUGACAGUGCCAAAAGCCUUGUGUGCCAUUGCGCUUGUUUGGACUAUUUCUCUGACUUUUGGAGCGUUUUACGCUCGAGAAAUUGGUGCUUCAAAAUUAAUCAUACUCUCCUACUGCAUCAUUCUAAUGAUUGGUACUUGGGCUAUGUACGCAUACAUCUUCUUCGCUGCCAAGCAACAAGAAAACAAAGUUCAAACUUUGAAUUCGUCUGCAGGCCCUCUUGUAUCAGCUGAACAGAAAGCCGAGAAAAAGGCAACAAAAACCAUUUUCACCGUUGUUGGAAUUUAUACAUUGUGUUGGUUGCCAUUGCUGCUUUUCCCGAUCAUUGUGUUUUCAAGUUCUUCAAAAAACGAAUUGUAUAAGCGGUAUUUUCCUUGGGUUCAGACGCUGUUGACGAUUAAUUCUGCGCUGAAUCCGUAUGUUUACUGUUUAAGAAGCCGCAAAUACCGCUAUCAGUUUGCAAAGCUCUUGGGGAUUAGGCGCUACCAAAAUCACCCUGUAGAUGAAUGA